AAGUCUUAAGAUGCGAGCAUAACACUGGCCAAUCAAACACAUGUGAGAGAGCUGCUUCACGUAGUGCCACAGAUGUAUGCGGACCUUCCGCCCUUUGGUUGCACACCUCAAGCAGAAGGCGUGGAGCUUCAACCUUUUUCGAGGAAGACGUCCGUUUUCUUGGGCAUCUCGUUGAUCACGGAUGACCAGGCAUGCAGUGCCCAGGUGCGCUUCCUUGCAUCGACAGAUGUGGAGUCGAGAUCAGCGCACUUUUCUUUGCAAAGACUGGGGCGGGAAGAGCUGCUUUUCCUGCUGAAAGAGGUCUCAUGUGCAGGGGAACGAGAUCGGCAGCUUUGGAAGGUAUACUCCAAGAAAGCGCACCAAAUGGUGGCGAGUUGCAGUGUAGAGGAGCUUUGCGACAUCGUUCGAGCACUUUGCAGGGUGCAUUAUCAUAGAUGGUCUCUGCUGAACGCAGUCAAGCGUCGUAUGCGAAGCCGAGAGAUUCAAAGCCUUUCACCUCGCCGCUUCACUCAACUUUUGAGUGACUUGCGACGCUUGAACUUCGUGGACGGACCGAUGCUUCAAGACGUUUUGAAGCAUUGGCAGUUUGAAGAGAAGAUACAGGAGUUGGAUGCCUUCGACCUCUGUUUGCUUCUCAUUGCCUUCGCGCGGUGUUCGAUGAGGGAAGAGGAACGUGUGAGCACCAUCAGCCAAGCUUUGAGGCAGAAGUCUAGUGAUCUCACAGCCUCCACGGCAGCUGGAAGCCUCUAUGCCAUGGCUUUGCUGGAUUAUCAGGAUGACACAGCCUUCUUCCUGGCAGCCAAAGCAUUGCCACGAUGUUUGGGCCAUGCGUCUCAGCAGGAGCUGGUGAACAUCGCCUUUGCCUUGGUGGUCUUGGAUUUGCCAGCUGCAGAGCUCUUCUCCUUCGUCCUGGAGCGCUUGGCGCUUCAGGCCGACACCCUAGAGCCCGUGGCCGUCCACGCGCUCCGCAUCGUGGCACAUGCAGUGAAGUUCCCAGAGGCAUUGAGGCCAGCGAUGCGCAACUCAUUGGAAGUGCCAGAGAUUAAGGGACGUUCAGUGAAAGCAUUACAAGAGGUGCUGGGAAAGACGCAGCACAUGGCCAUUCAGUGCGCAACCACCAGCUCCAAACUCCAACGUGCCAUCGAGCGGUAUUUCAAGGAGCUGCAGGUUCAACAUCUGCCAGAGCAGGCGGUUGGGCCUUAUGUUCCAGAUUUCAUUCUGCCCAAGAAGAUCGCCGUCGAGGUCGAUGGCUUCACGCACUUCUAUGCCUUUUCUCAGCGUCUCACGGCCAAGUCAGAGCUGAAGCGACGAAUCUUCAACGCCUUGGGAUGGGGUGCGCGCCUGAGCCACCCGCUUUCGGGUGGUGAGCUUGCCGCACUUCAAAUGGUUGCCGAUGAAUCACCAGGAGAAGUUGGUCUACUUGGUAGAGCAGAUCGAGAUGGCUGGGGGGGCACCUAUCACAGUGAUCCAAAAGACCCCCUUGGAAGGCUUCUCCACUUCCAAGAGAAGAUAAGAGAAGGCUUGGAGGCCCUCGUUCCCCUCGUGGCCUUCCAUGACUCGGAGUGUCUGAAGCCAGUCGAGCACGAGUCGAGCAGCAUCAAGGUGUGCGUUGGUUGAUCAGGCGGAAUGUGUUUCAGCCCGAAGAUGAGAUGAAGCCGUGCUGUCGAA